CCGGAGGAGGCGGAGGCAGAGGAGGAGGAGGAAGCCGGAAGUGCAUCGGGCCCGGGUCGGUCCGGGCGUUGCGGGAUUGGGGCCUGGGAUCUCUCGGCCCCGUACAGCUGAGAAGCCCGUGCCCGGGCGGAGCGGUGCCAUCCCAGCCCUGAGGCCUGCUGACCGGCAGGCUCUGCGCGCCCCGCGGAGGUCGGCGGCGGCCCGGUAGCGACCGCAGAGCGACGGCGGGCGGCCCUGGGCAUGUAUGCCCCCGGAGGCGCAGGGCUGCCCGGCGGGCGCCGGCGGAGGAGCCCUGGAGGCAGCGCUCUGCCCAAGCAGCCGGAACGUAGCCUGGCCUCGGCCUUGCCGGGCGCCCUGUCCAUCACGGCGCUCUGCACUGCCCUUGCCGAGCCUGCCUGGUUGCACAUCCAUGGAGGCACCUGUUCCCGCCAGGAGCUGGGGGUCUCGGACGUGCUGGGCUACGUGCACCCGGACCUGCUGAAAGAUUUCUGCAUGAACCCCCAGACUGUGCUGCUCCUGCGGGUCAUUGCUGCCUUCUGCUUCCUGGGCAUCCUGUGUAGUCUCUCCGCGUUCCUUCUGGAUGUCUUUGGGCCCAAGCAUCCGGCCCUGAAGAUCACCCGUCGCUAUGCCUUCGCCCAUAUCCUCACUGUCCUGCAGUGUGCCACUGUCAUCGGCUUCUCUUACUGGGCUUCCGAACUCAUCCUGGCCCAGCAGCAGCAGCACAAGAAGUACCACGGGUCCCAAGUCUACGUCACCUUUGCCGUUAGCUUCUACCUGGUGGCAGGAGCUGGUGGAGCCUCAAUCCUGGCCACAGCGGCCAACCUCCUGCGCCACUACCCGACGGAGGAGGAGGAGCAGGCGCUGGAGCUGCUGUCCGAGAUGGAGGAGAACGAGCCCUACCCUGCAGAGUACGAGGUCAUCAAUCAGUUCCAGCCGCCCCCGGCCUACACACCCUAACAUCACCCACUGCUCUCUUCCUCGGCAGCACCCCGCCUCCACCGCUCCUCACACACCCCGAGGAGCUCCUUUCCCCAGCAGGCCUCACUGGUAGGAUCCUGACCAUCUUCACCAAACCUCCCCAAGGGAGACUGCCUUUAGGGUGGUCCACGUAUCCCUGCUCUCAAAACCUGGGAUGCACCGGUUUUAUAUAAUGCACUGUUUCCCUCCCGCCACGUCCCGCUCCCUUCUCGUUCACUACUCAUUACAACCAGGGGUGGCCAGACAGGUUUUCUCCCCUCCUGGGCCAUGUCUUUGGGACCAGGAUUUUCCUUGGGAAGCUGCUGAUAGUGGACAGUCCCAGAAAGAAGAAGCAUUAGGGCCCCAGGGGAAGGAGACUGAGUCUGGCAAGCUCACUUCCCAAGGAUCAACAGGUGUUCCACAGCUGUGGCCCUGGGCCCAUCCCUCCUGCACUCCUCCUCAGAGCACCCGAUACCAGGCUGCCCACUCCGUGGGAUUCUCUGCACUUUAGUCUUUGGACUUCUCCUUGCGCACACUCUGGCUCUGCGGGGAGAAGGAAUUGCUGUUGGGGAAGCAGUACAGCCG